AUGCCUCCCCGGUUACAGUCUCCAAAAUUUUCUGCAUCAGCUGCUUCAUCGCAAAUUUCCUCAUGUGCCGUCACGAGGCCACACGCCGUGUCUCUACCAGCACGGCAAUCGCGUAGCUUCUCACAGACACCAUGUCCACAAGUGACAUUACGGCGGCGGAAAUUUUAUGAGUGGCUCAAUGGGCCUGGCCGGGGACUGAAAGAGCCCAUACCCAACGCGACAAAUUAUUUGGGAGCCUAUGACAAGUAUGGCAACCUGGUGCGCGCGGGUCCCGGAUUCGGCAAGGAGGGAGCUGCAAAGGCAGACACGCCCGACCUAGAAUCUCAGGCGGAAGAAUCGACCGAGGAGACGACAUCCGAAGCCCAGGAGAAGCCGGAUGACGCAGAGCCUGAAAAGGCCGAAACCGAGCCAUUCGGCAAGGCGGGCGAAGAGGGCGACAGCACAAAGCUUCAGCCAGAAACGGAAGAAGACUUGCGGCCAUUCCCCCUCAACAAGUACUUUCGCAGUCAACCCGUCCUGAGCGAAGACCUUCGCGAAGCAAUCUACCAGAGAGUUAAAAAGGACGGCGCGACAGUAUCGCUCGCUAGCGUCGAGUUUGGCGUCAGCAAUGAGCGUGUUGGUGCCGUCGUGCGGUUGAAGCAGAUGGAGAAGGAGUGGAUAGCCCAGGGUAAGAAACUUGCACUGCCCUACUCCAAGAGUGUCCUCUCCAUGCUUCCCACAACACCAUAUGUCGACCCCUCACUACCGCAAAACAAAGGCAAGCGGCCCAUUCCGCACGAGCCUAUCAAUGACCUCAUUGUACACCCCGCGACUCGUCAGCAACUGUUUGUGCCCGUUGCAGAGUCGCGCCGCUUCACGCGUGCCGAUGCUGGCAAGGCGUUUGAUAACAACCUGCUGCCGGCCGACGCCCGCAUUCCUCACCCUGAGCUGGUGCAAGCAGAGCGCGAGCUUGAGGCGGGUCUUUCUUUCGAAGAGCGAAGAAAGCUUGCUGAAGAGCGGCUAGAGAAGGAGCAGGAGAAGAAGAAGAGGGAGGAAAGGAGAAGGGAAGAGGAGCUGAGGGCCAUGAAGGUGGUGCCGAAGCGGAGGUGGGAUUUCGUCAUCCAGGAUGUCAGCGUCGAGGCUGCAGGGCGCGAUGGAAGAGGAGCGGCAGCGGCUGGCUGGCGGUAUGGUGUACCGCACCAGGAUCGCAAGAGAGGUAUACCCAAGAUUCCUACGCGCGUCGAAGCAUAG